AUGCACGGCAUGGACAUGGGCGCCCAGGGCUCCGGCCCUGAGUGCAAAAUCUCGAUGCUGUUCAACUGGUACACCAUUGAUGCCUGCUUCUUAUCUACGGGGUGGCAGAUCAAAAACGGUGGCAUGUUUGCUGCGACCUGCAUCGGCGUCAUUCUGCUGGUCAUGCUGGUGGAGGCGUUUCGCCGCAUGGGCAAAGAGUACGAUCUUCUUUUGGAGCGCCAAUUCCGGCGCCAAGCCGCAGUGUUGGCCGCCAAGCGGACCGAUUGCGUGACCCGCGGCCCCCCGGUGGGGCUCAAGUUUCGCGCGACGCCGUUGCAGCAACUGGCCCGAUCGAUCAUCCACGCGCUGACCUUUGGUGGUGCAUACAUCGUCAUGUUAUUGGCCAUGUACUUCAAUGUCUAUGUGAUCAUUUGUAUCUUUGUCGGUGCUGGACUCGGCAAGUUUUUCUGCGAUUGGAUGGUGGUGACAAUUGGGGAAGAAACGCUGCCGGACUCCAAGGGUGUGGAGGAGACGACUGCCCCCCCCCCGGCAACUCGCGAGCCUACCCAGUCCGAGUGGAAUUUCACAUCACGUGAUAAUCUCACUCGGUCGGGGCCCGCAAUCUACUCCGACAAAAUCCAAGCUGCAGCGCAACUCCUCCGUGAGCCUUUCCAGCGCAGUACCCUUCCUCUUUUCCUUACACCGGCAUUCUCUCCAGCUCGCACACAAUGCUUUUCGACCACAACGCCGAUGCAAUCCCGUGUCGGCGGCGCCCCGAUCUCCGUGCCCCCGGAGGUGUCGUUCAAUCUGGUCGACCUCCCCAAGUCGGUGAUGCAAGUUCGUGGAAAGGAUAUACCCAAGUACUCGGCUCAGAUCAAGGGCCCCAAGGGCGAGAUGUCUAUCACCAUUCCCUCGUUCUUAACUGUCAACUACGAUGCUGCCAGUUUGAAGGCUACCGUCAGCGUUGACGACGCCGAGGAACCUCACCAGCGCGCCAUGUGGGGCACAAUGCGCGCUCUUCUUCAGAAUCACAUCACCGGAGUCUCAGAGGGUCACAUCUGCAUUCUCAGUAUGGUCGGUGUCGGUUACAGGGCCACCAUUGAAGACAAGGCGUCUACCGUGACCGCCACCUAUCCCGGUCAGAAAUUCGUCUCGCUCAAGGUCGGCUUCUCGCACCCAAUUGAGCUGGGUGUUCCGGAGGGAAUCAAGGCCAGCACGCCCCAGCCCACUCGUAUUCUCCUCGAGGGUGUGGACAAGCGUAAAGUAACGCAGUUUGCCGCGGAGAUUCGCGAGUGGAGACGGCCAGAGCCGUACAAGGGCAAGGGUAUCUUCGUUAACGGAGAGACCAUCAAGCUUAAGGCUAAGAAGAUCAAAUAG